AUGGUUCCUUGGACUUCUUUUACACCGUUACAAUCCGAUAUAACAACCCUGAUAUCGGCUUUAGUUGCUGUCGUUCGCCUAAUUGCUGCUGGUUGGCUUGGGUCUCUUUGCUGGCGCUGCGCAUUCAUUCUGAUGGAGAACUAUGGUCUAAAGCCAAGGCAACUGCGCACCCUGAUUUUGUAUGGUAUAGCCCCGGCGCCCAUUGAACGAGGAUCAAGAGGGACAUCGCAUCGAAACGGCCGAUGGAUUGUAUGGUGCAUCCUUCUCAUCACGUUGCCGCCCCAAAUCGCCGCCCCCAUCCUCACAGGAUCGAUUACAUGGGUUUCAGGCUAUCAUCCCGCACAACGUCUAUCCGACGUGAGUAUCUCCACACCCCUUGUUGGGGAGACCAGUCGGUGGCCUAUAUGGUCAUCAAGGGUCAACCUUCAUCACCGAGAAUGGACAGCUGAAUACGCGUCCACCCGCAUCUUCCUAACUUGGGAGCGCGAGACAAGUGAUAUAGUGCUAAAGCGCUUUGUCCCAGAGUUCUCGGUUUUGGACGUUGGCGUUGUUGUUACAAAUAUUACUAUCCCAUAUUUUCGAGUCCAAUCCGUAGAAUGGAUCGACCACCCAGAAUCCGUGCUCGCUAUCAGCCCAAUUCGCAGUUAUAAGGAUUUAUGCUUGAUAAUUACGAUGGCGAGUGAAAAAUGUCCCUUGAGCACUUUAGGCUCCAUUGCACUCGUUCCGGAUACAGUUUGGUCUAAUCAGACGCUGAAAUCGUCAAAAGUUUCGGAAAGAAGACUUAUGUGGCAGUAUGUUGCUUCUGCUUCCCCUACAAAGAACCGGACCUAUUGUUCGCAAGAGUGGGGUACUUAUCUGGUCGUAAAUUUUGAGCUCAGUCCAAAUCGUGGUAUCUAUCAAGAAGGAACAGAAUGUUUUAGAUUGGCAUGGGUCACGUUCACUGCAGGAGUAGGCAUUUGCCGAAAUUGUCGCCUUUCUUCCUAUGCGACCGUUCAAAAUGAUACAACACUCGAAUUAUCCGAGGACCUAUUAACGGGUGAAUCAUUAAGGUUUAUGGCGACCGUAUCGACAAUGGUUCUUGAGCAAAGGAUGGAACACAUGUCUCCCGCUUGGAAAUCAAUUGACGACUGUGUCGCUGCAACGCUUGCUCGUACUUACUCCGCAGCUUGGAUGGGACUCACAGACCAUCUAGCGGCAGCAACAUUAGGAUUCCCUCAGCAUAAUACAACCUAUGCCGUCUCUCCUCUGGCCUCCCAAGCCCAGGUAAACUUGUUGCGAGUUUACGUCUGGCUCGGCUUACAAUCGCUUAUCACACUCUCCGGGAUCCUAUUCGUGAUGAUACAAUUGAAGACAGGGUCCCCUGCUAUAGCCGAUACCACGUUAACUGCGUUUUAUCUUGAUUCAAGCGCAGUGAGCGAAACCGAUAGGCCCCAAAGUAUGGCACGCAAGGUUGAAUACGAGAAUGAGCUUCUGAAAGUAAAAAUCGAGUAA